AUGCCUCCAUUCCGUGUGGGCCUAUUAAAAAGAAAGUUAAAACACCCUAUUGAUGAAAGUAAAGAUGCCGGCACCUGCUCACCGAGAGAUUUUAGUGGUAAUAGUGACAACGACGACGAAGAUUUUUUAAAUGGCGAAAUUCAAGAUAACAAAGAAGAUGCUACAGAUUCAGAAAAUGAAGCAGGCAUCAACUCUGAUACAGAACAAGAUAAGGUCCUGUUCGAAGAUGAAGUUGACUCAGUACUUGGUGAUAUUGAUCAUCAAUCGUCAUCAGGUGAAUCUUCAGAAUUGACAGAUUCUGAAGGAGAUGAUUCAGAAGGGGUGAGUUCAGAGAGUGAUGAAAAAAACAGCAAUAGUGGAGCUGAGUCAGCCAGGAAUAGGCAAACAUCAAAUCAUCAGAAAAAUGCUGCAAAAAGUAACCUAUUUCAAAACAAGAAUAGCAUUCAUGUACUGGCGACCCAGAUCAGUGAGGCAGCCAUAACUACUAAACCUGUACAGCAGAGAGACGAGUAUGAAUCUGGCGACACAAGCGAUGAGGAAGAUCGAGUGAACACGACGGGCGAUGUGCCCCGUUGGUGGUAUAGCGAGUAUGAGCACCUUGGCUACGAUCUCGACGGACGCCGCAUAGCCCGCCCUCCGACCAGGGACCACAUCGAUGAGUUUCUAAGAAAAUGUGAAGAUCCGGAGUUCUGGCGUACCGUAAAGGACCCCUCCACCGGUCAAGACGUGAUAUUGUCUAAGGACGAUUUGAAGCUCAUAGAGCGGAUACGCAAUGGCAACGUUCCCUCAGAAACGCACGACGAAUACGAGCCGUGGACGGAAUGGUUCACUCGCGAAGUGCUCGCGACGCCGGUGCGCGCCUUUCCUGAAUCUAAGCGCUCCUUCCUGCCGUCGCGCUCCGAGCAGCUGCAGGUGUCGCGAAUCGUGCACGCGCUCCGAAUGGGCUGGACAAAGACUCGCCGUCAACUGGCCUCUGAAAGGCGCGCGCGGUCUCGCUCUCAACGCGCCUUUUACGACCUGUGGGGCGGGCCCGAUCCAGACGCCGUGCAGCGUCGCGCCACUCCGCGUCACCUUCCAGCCCCGCGCCGCCCGCUGCCCUCGCACGCUGAGAGCUAUAACCCACCACCCGAGUAUUUGUUAGAUAAGCGAGAGAUGAAAGAGUGGGAAAAGCUGAAGGAGACCCCGUGGAAGCGCAAGUACACUUUCCUGCCGACACAGCACGGGUCGCUGCGCGAAGUUUCGGCAUACCCGCGCUUCAUUCGCGAGCGCUUUUUACGCUGUCUGGACCUGUACCUCGCUCCGCGUGCGAUCAAGAUGCGUCUGACCAUCGACGCGCAGGACCUUGUUCCAAAGCUGCCCUCUCCGAGAGACCUCCAACCGUUCCCCACCGCCGAAGCGUUGCGAUUUGAAGGUCAUGAGGGACUUGUUCGUUCCAUAGACCUUGACCCAAGCGGGCAGUACUUAGUGUCGGGCGGUGAAGACGGCACACUGCGCGUUUGGGAGACCUCGACCGGCCGCUGCUUACGAACGGUGUCGCUCGGUGAACCCGUCACGCGGGCCCUCUGGACACCAGUUAGCGGACUCAGCCUGCUAGCAGCCGCGGUGGGCCCAGAGCUGCUACUGCUAAAUCCUGGCGCAGGUAUCGGUGCGCAUCGAGUGGCUGAGCGAACGGACCGACUGCUCGAGGAGCCGCCGCCGGCGCACGACGUUCAAAUGGACGAACGCACGCGAUCCUGCGUACAAUGGCAGGAUGUGACGACGGCGCGAGUCGCACUCGGCGUACGCCUCCAAGUGCACCACUUCAAGCCCUUGGCCCACGUCAGCUGGCACGCCCGCGGCGACUAUCUGGCUGUGACAGUGCGUGACGGAGGCGCCCGCUCCGUCUGUGUACAUCAAGUAUCUCGGCGUCGCUCGCAGCUGCCCUUCCGCACCGCAAAGGGUCUCGUGCAGUGCGCCGCGUUCCACCCACACGAGCCGCGUCUCUUCGUGGCGACGCAACGUGCUGUGCGCGUGUACGAUCUCGUGAAACAGGAACUGGUGCGAAAACUGAUGACGGGCGCUCAGUGGGUGAGCUCGCUCGCGGUGCACCCGGGUGGCGACAACCUGCUCGUGGGCUCAUACGAUCGCAAGUGCAUAUGGUUCGACUUAGAACUGUCCGGUAAGCCGUAUCAAACGCUGCGGUUGCACGGCGGAGCGGUGCGCGCCGUCACGUUCCACCGGCGCUACCCUCUGUUUGCUUCUGGCGGCGACGACCAGAACAUCGUGGUAUCGCAUGGCAUGGUGUACAAUGAUUUAUUGCAGAACCCUUUGCUAGUACCUCUGAAGCAGUUGCGAGGACCGGAAAAGCGUGACGACCUGUGCGUGCUCGACUUGCGUUUUCAUCCCACGCAGCCCUGGCUGUUUGCGGCCGGCGCCGAUGGCUCAGUCCGACUCUACUCCUAG